CAUUUGCCCAUUUAACUCAAGGUCGUCUGGGGCAAAAUAUUAGGCACAUUUGAUCGUCUAACUUCACGUUUAACUUCGAAUCAUUUGAACUGAAAUAGAAUGGCUCGUAUUGAACUCAUACGUAGAUUGCGACUAUUCACAGUUUUACAUCGAAUGUCAGAUUAUGAGAAUCGAUUUGGUACAACCAAACUAAUGAUACCAGUUGUUUCACGUCCUGCUUCAUUUUUUUCUUUCAUCAAGUCGAAGCUUAAUGAAGCUGCCUCUAGUCAGUCUAAAGACUCUCAGAGUGUACCAAAUGACAGUGAGUGGUUGGAUGCAGUCCAAGAAGUUGAAAAAUCGGAAUUGUUACAUUGGAAAGGAUCGGAUACUAGUAUGACUAGGACAGAACUUCGAAAAUGGAAGAAACGUACAUUCCUUCAUAUUUUAGAAAUGUUUAUUCAACGAUCAGGACCAAGUCGUAAAGGUUUCACUUCGUUUAUUGAAAAUGCACUAAUUAAAAUGCCUGAAUAUGAAGUGGCUGAUGAUUUAGAUUGUUAUAAAGCAGUAAUUCGUUUAUUUCCUACUGGACGAAUGGUUGUGAAACGUUUCUUACAAGCUGAUUUUGGUCAUUUUCCAAAACAACAACAAGUUAUGAUUGACAUAUUAAGUCAAAUGUCAAGAUAUCACGUCCUGCCAGAUGAUGAAGUUGGCCAAAUGAUUAUCGACGUUUUCGGUUGGCGUAAUCAUGCUAUGAAUGCUUAUCGUCGUCUAAUGUAUUGGAUGCCUAAAUUGUAUUAUAGUAAUCCAUGGACAUUACCACUUCGAAUCGUUGAUGAUCUUGAUUUAGAUCCUAUUAAAUUGGGCUGUUUAAUUGCUGAAAGAAUAUGCCCCGAUCGGAUGACAGAAUUCACUGUUGUACAGAUGUCUUCAUCUAACCCUGAUAGACCAGAUUCACUUAUCAGUGCUCAAAGUCCUGAACAGCGUGCAUUACUAGCAUAUUGUACUAAUAAACAAAUUCACAACGAUCAAAUUAAUAAUACUCAAUGUACAAAACCAACGAUUUAUUUAGAUGGACCACAUUAUGUAUGGUUUAGAAAUUUACAAGCUGCUUAUUACACCUUAUGGACAGAGAUCGAUGCUGAUCGAUUAAAAAAAGAAAUUAAUUCAGUAAAAGUUAACGAAGUGCCAAAGCAUAGUGCAGACGAACCGUAUAAUCUUUCAUUCUUCAACUAUUCUAAUGAUAGUUCAAAUAUAGUACUGAAUAGUUCCAAUUCCCAAAAUGCGAAUCGCUCACUUUUUCCACAUAUGAGUCUUCUUCCUACAGUGAGUUCAGUUGGUACUGAAUUACACCACUGUAAUGAAGAUAAUGUCUUUACAAGAUUUAUAAGUAAGUGUGAACCAGAAUUCGAUAAACGUUGGCUUUCAAUUCGUCAAAGUCAUGUCUAUAAAUAUUUACCAUCCAAUCUAUGUCAACAUGAACAAGGUGAGGGUACAAUACUUGCUGUUGGAGUUGUUGUACCUAAACCAGAUGCUUUGGAUAAUCAGAAAAAGUUAUAUGAUUGGGAAGUUUCUAACAGAAUUCAUCAUACAGAUUCAAAAGAUCGUAAACAACAAAAUCAAGAAGAAAGAUACAGUUUACCACAAAUCCCAUCACCUGCAUCUUCCGCACUUAUUCGACUUUGGUUAAGUGAACUGCACGCUAAAAAUCCUUUCUUUGAUGAUGCUGCAUUGGUUAUUCGAGUUCCAAUGAAUAUUGAUCAGCGCAAAAAAUCUGAAAAUAAUAGUCGUACUGAUGAUGAUUUACAUUUAGAGAAUCAAGAUAAGGAUAUUAAGUAUAAAUCGUAUAAUUAACGGGCACAUUACAUUGUGUAAAUAAAUUGUUUGCGUUUUGAGUAAACAAUAAUAAUAAUGUUAAUUAAAAUGUACAUAUAAACUUCAAUAGUGAUUAUCAGUUUUAUCAACUUGAGUAUGCACUAUUUUCUAUGUAUUAUUGGAAUCAUUGUUAAAGCAUAUGCUUUUUCCUCGUGUAUUUUACACAUAAUACGUAUCCCUGCAUGUUAGAGUAACAGUGAUUAAUCACAAGUGGAGACUGUGAUUUUGUGAUUGUUCGAUAUCUUAAUGAAUAUAUCUUAGUUUAAUUUAUCCAUAGUUCUGCAUUAAAACCAAUUGAUACUUUGUAA